CAAUCUGUUGACAGCUGCCCUCACACGCCCCAGCCCGCCGCCCGCCGCCUGCCACCCUCCGGGAUGGAAGACCGUGGUGGCCCGGCACAGGCCACCCGCCCCGCCUGGCCAGCAAAGGGCAGCGCGAGGAGACUGCUGCCUGUCCAGCUGCUUUGGCCGAAAUAGGUGGCUGCCACCUCGAGACCCACACCCGCCCCAGCACGGGCACCCCAAGGUACCUCAGCUGCUGUCUGAGACUUUGACCUUCUGGAUGGCCAUGGAGGCUGAUGGGGAAAAGGGCGCCACAUGACCGCCUCAGCCGGCGACACCCUCCAUCCGGCGCUCACGCUUCGCUAACUUUGCAGUGCUCAUGGAUUUGAAGACUGUCCUGUCUCUGCCCCAGCACCCAGGGGAGCUCCUGCACCCCGUGGUGUACGCGUGUACGGCAGUCAUGCUGCUGUGCCUCCUCACCUCCAUCAUCACCUACCUUGUGCACCAGAGUGCCAUCCGCAUCAGCCGGAAAGGCCGGCACAUGCUGCUGAAUUUCUGCUUCCACGCUGCUCUGACCGUCACAGUGUUCGCCGGCGGCAUCAAUCGCACCAAGUACCCCAUCCUGUGCCAGGCGGUGGGCAUCCUGCUGCACUAUUCCACACUCUCCACCCUGCUGUGGAUCGGGGUGACCGCCAGGAACAUCUACCAGCAGGUGACCAAGAAGGCCCCACUGUGCCCGGGCGCAGACCACCCACCGUACCCCAAGCAGCCCCUGCUCAGGUUUUACCUCGUCAGCGGAGGGGUUCCUUUCAUCAUCUGCGGGGUCACGGCUGCAACAAACAUCAGGAAUUAUGGGACGGAGGAUGAGGACAUGGCAUACUGCUGGAUGGCCUGGGAGCCCAGCCUGGGCGCCUUCUACGGGCCGGCCGCCUUCGUCACCCUGGUCACCUGCGCCUACUUCCUCGGCACGUACGUCCAGCUGCGGCGCCACCCCGAGCGCAGGUACGAGCUCAGGCAGCGGACGGAGGAGCAGCAGCGGCUGGCGGCGCCGGAGGGGGGCCCCGGCCACGCCGCCCGGGCCGCCUCGCUGCUGCGGAACGAGCACUCCUUCGCCGCCCAGCUGCGCGCCGCCGCCUUCACGCUGCUCCUCUUCGCGGCCACGUGGACCUUCGGGGCGCUGGCCGUGUCGCAGGGCCACUUCCUGGACAUGGUCUUCAGCUGUCUGUACGGCGCCUUCUGCGUGACGCUGGGGCUGUUCGUGCUCAUCCACCACUGCGCCAAGCGGGAGGACGUGUGGCGGUGCUGGUGGUCGUGCCGCGCCCCCCGCGGGCUCACCCACUCGGCCAAGCCCGGCGCUGGGCCCGCGUUCGACGCCAAUGGGGACGCAAGGGAGGCGGCCCCUGGCCCGGCACGCCUGGAGAUGCUCCGGAGGACACAGUCCCUGCCCUUCGGCGGCCCCGGCCCCAACGGGCUGCUCAAGGGGGACGCACGAGAAAACCGGCCCUACGGCACCGACGGGACGGGCAACAUCCGGACAGGGCCCUGGAAGAACGAGACCACCGUGUAGCCAGGCGGCCGCACGCCCUGGAGGGACCGCCAGAGCCACCGAGCUUUCCAGUCGCAGUUCUCACCCGCAACUGCCCGCCGUCGUGAAAGACCCCAAGGGGGAAGCGCUUGGCCCGAGCUCAAACGUGGCGGUCCGUGUACAGUCACCCCGUGUUCAGUAGCGUCCAGUCCCCAGGGCAGCCCAGAAACAGGACGGGAUUCUGCCCGGGGAGCCACCCUCAGUCCCCAGCUGGUUCCACACACGGAGCUGCCAUGUUGCGACGGGCGACAGCGGGAGGCGCCAUCCGGGGUGUCCUGGCGCUCGGCGUGUGUGCGUUUUAGGUCUCGUUCCAGAGGCCGCGGCAGCGGGUCUGUCUGCAGCGUUCUCGCCCUGGGCGGUCUCUGCGGGCCUCUGUGCCAUCGUCUCUGCCUCAGUCACCCCUGCUUCUUUAUUAGGGACCCCCCUCAGCACCUCUGUCUCCGCUUCAGCCUGGCCUGGACGCAGCACCGCCCCGCAGGCCUGAGAACGUGGCGGAUGCUGUUGGCACGUGGGAACACGGAAGUGGCCGGUGGGUUCUCAGGGGACCCAUUGCGUCUCUCAGGGGCUCCCACCUUUGGAAAACGCACAAACGUUCUUUAGUGGAGACUUGAUUUCCAAAGCCAGCCGCUGCAGGACUGCGUUCCUCUCCAGCGUGGGCACUUGGGAACAGUAACAUUCUGUUCCAGAAAGAAGAGGGGCUGACGGGGGCCGGACGGUCAUCAUGGACAAAAUCACUUUUCCGUUUUCGCAUUUCCAUGAAUAUCUGGCACAAAGCCCUGACUCAAAGGACAGAUGUCGAUUACAGUGAGCCACUGUGCAAGCCAGUGGCCCGUUUCUGGGGGGUACCCCAUGUGUCCAGAGGUGUGUGUGCUUGAGACUGCACACAGCCCAUUCCUCCCUCCGUCCCUCCCUCCUGGUCUGUGGCACGUGUGCACACACGAGUACACACACACGUACACAAGUACAUGUGCACACAUACAUGCACACACUGCACAACACACAUGCACAUGCAUACAUAACACGAUGCACAUAUGUACACACAUGCACACAUACAGAAGUAGUGUGUUUUCUAGCUGCCCCGAGCAGCAGGUUUUAUUGCAGAUGUUUAACUCUGCAGACGUCAGUGUCAGCAUCAGCAGCUGCCAUCACUGUGACCUGUCAGCGUGCUCUGUCAUCUGGGUAGGAGGGGUUCGCCAGGAGCAGAUCCUUGCAAACGCAUGCCUCAGCGGAGAGGGCUGUGGGGAGUGUUCCCAGCUCCUCCAUGGUGGGAGCAUUCUGCGCCUCUGUGGUGGGACAUGCUCUCCGAAGGGUCGACACUCAGUAUCUGAGUACCAGGAGCCUCGCUUCCCAAGAUGCUUGUAAACUUGACAAUGACGUUGUGACUUACUGCAGCGCACUCCACAUACACAAACCCCGUGUGUCCUUACAGGUCAACCGGACAGUAACCAAAUGACUGCUGGGCGGUUUCGGUUUCCGUCACCGUCCAGCCUUUUCACCCGCUCCCACAGCUGACGUAAACCAGAAACCCGAGGCGACGCUGUGUACACGCUAUAGAUGCAGAACCAUGCAGACAAAAUACAGUGUUUUGCAUUGUU